ACCUGAAUCUGAUGAGAUCGUGUAAUGUCAACGUAGCGGAAUUUUCUUGAAAUUUAUCAGAAAAAAAAAUUCAAAUUUAAAAAAAAACAAAAAGGAGUGUUUUGAGGAAAAAACGCGAAUUAAAAAAAAAAAUUAUUUUUUUUCCUCAGUUACUUUGAACUUAAAUCGAAGGCGAGCUUUUUUGUCGCGCUAUUUGAAAUAUUGGAAAAUAAGAAAACUUUUUUGCAGCUAUAUCUGAUCAUUGGUUUCUUAAUUACCAUUAUUAAAUAGGAAUCAAAAUAUUUUCUACAUGAAAUUUAAAAAAAAAUAGAAAAUUUAUUUUCAAAGUCUAUUAAAAUAUUAAAAAAAAAUAAAAUAUUUUUUUUUGUGCAAAUUGUGACAAACAAAAAAAAACAAAUGUUUAAAAAUUAUGGAAACAUGGUCUCAUAGCAAAGUGAUUUGUUUCAAAAACGUUACACUUUAAAAUUUUUAUUUAGGUCCGAAAAAAAAUAGAAAAAAUAUAAACAAGAACAAACAAAGUUCGAUUCUUUAAAAUUGAAAAAAAAAACAACCUUUAACAAUACUGAAAAAAAAAUUUAAAAUUGUUAAAAAUAGAAAAUUUUUUUUUUUUUAAUAAAUUGUUUUGCAUAUAGUUAAAUGUGAAAUAAAAUAGAAAAUAAUAAGAAAAUAUUUAAAGUGUUUUAAAAAUUAAAAUAAUCGAUUUUAAUAAUUUAAAAAAUAAAUCACAUAUUUUAAAAAUUAAUAGCCCCAAAUAUUGUAAUAUUGGAGUAAAGUAAAAUACAAAAAUAAUUUUUUUUGUAUAAAAGUAAUUAACAUAAUAAUAAUAAUUUUUUUUUAAAUUUAUAAAUUAGUAAAUUAUAUUCCUUUUAAACAAUAUGGGAAAUUUAAAAGAUUUUAGAAUUUUAAAAUAUCAAAUUGGAUUAUUUUCAUAUUUAAUAUUUUUUAUUGGAUUAUUAAAUGGUCAAGAAACAACAAUAUUACCAAAGGAUAAUAUUAACGAAUUAUCAUCAUCGUCAUCGUCAUCAUCAUCAACAACCGAACAAAUAUUUGAUGAUUCAACAUUACUGCCAGAUUUAUCGGAUCCAUACUGGCAAACGUCAUCCUCCUCAUCAGUAUUAUCAUCAACAAUAACAAAUGAAUUAAAUUCAUCCUCAAGUAUAGAAUCUUCACAAACAACAAGUACAACAACGUCUUCACCUUCACUGCCAUUAUCAGAUAAUAAAUUAUCUGUAUUACCAUUAAAAGAUCCAACGCCAACAAAAGAUUCAAUAAAUUUGGAGGAAAAUGAAACAUCAUCCAGUUCAUUAUCACCACCUGGUACAGUAAACAAUUUUUGGGAUUUCACAACAGCAUUCCAAAAGAGCUAUUUAGCAAAUAAUAUGAAUUCAUCUAGCAAUGUGAUUAAUGGUGAUAAUGAGAAUUUAACAGCAAAUCCUUCUUUAACACCUUCGACAACGACAAGUACAACAUCAGAACCAGAUAUUAAACAAUUAUUUAGUUCAUCAACAGGUGAAACAUUAACAACAACACCAGCAACAUCUUCAUCUUCUAUGAAAAUAUCUUCUAAUGAUGAAAAUGAAUUAAAAGAUUCACCUAUAUUUUUCAUAUCAACAACGAUGAUACCAGAAAAAUCCAUACCUCUUAAUACAACAGAUAACGUUGAACAAAUAAAAUCAACUAAUGAGAUUAGUAAUAAUGAUGUACCAACAUCAACUGAUUUAAAAAUGAAUACAGAGGAAGAAACAACGGUAAAACCAAUGGAAAAUGAAGAAAUGGGAAUUACUCAUAUACCAGUUAUAAUUGGUUCAGUGUCUGAAGAAAACAAAAAAACAGUAGAUUCGAUGACUUCAUUAAAGUCUUCCGCAACAGAUGAAAAUCCAACUAAUAAUUUAUCAACUGAAAUGUUAAUGGCUGGAGAAACCACUAUAAUGCCAGAAAUGAGUGAUUUGUCACCAUCGUCAGAAAUCAUCGCUAACGAAAUCAAAGCAAAAGAAUCAAAUUUAUCAACAACAUCAGAAUCUGUAUUAGAAUCCGAAUCAUCAUCUUCAUCAUUGUCAUCACCAUCCUCUUCUACCACAGAAUCACAAUCUCAAAUUUCAUCUACUGAAUCUUCUGUAAUAGUAUCAUCGUCAUCUAGUUCAUCACCAGUGUUUAUUGUUGGUAGUAUACCGAUUUCGGAAGUGGUAGAUACAACAAUAAAACCAGAAACACAAACAACAUUAAUUAGCUCAUCAUCAUCGUCGUCAUCAUCAAUGACAACAACACCAAUACCAUCAGAAACAAUUGUUCCAUCCGUUGUUCUUAUAACAUCUGAAAUGAGAGGACGUGCACUUAAUUUAACAGAAAUUUCUUCAUCUACUGAAACUAAUCAACAUGAACAUGAACACAAACAUGAACACGAACACGAAAAUGAACAUCAACAUCAUCAUAUUCUUCAUCAUAUUAAUAAUGAAAAUCAAAAUAAUGAUAAUCAACAAGAUACUAUGAAUAUGAUGAUUGAAGAUGGUGAACAUGAAGUAUUUCAUGGUGAAGGUAGAUCAGCACCAGAUGCUUCUGAUACAUUAGCCGAAGAGGAUCCAUAUCAUCCACAUAUAAAUUUUGUGACAACUGAAAAAUCAGCUCAUUAUUCAAUUGAAAAUAAUAGAGAUAAAAUGAUGAAAGAUAUAAGUGAUGUUAGUAUGGAUGAUGAUGAUGUUGAAAUAGUUAAUCAUUUAAAAAAUAUUAACACAACAACAGCAGACGAUAAUAAUAACAAUAAUAGUAACGAUGUUUUAGCAAGACAUACAGUAGCAGCUGCUGAAGCUGGUAUUAGUGGAAAUGAAUGCAUUGAAAAUGGGAAGAGUUACAAGAAUGGUGAAACAAUGAAUCGUGACUGUGAUGAAAAAUGCACUUGUAAUAAUGGUGAAUGGUUUUGUUUACCACGUUGUACUGGUGUAUUCUUUAAGCGAGGUCGAAUCUUUGCCGACUCAUCAUGUCAUGAGAAAUUAUCACAAGAAGAUGAAUGUUGUGCCACAAUGAUUUGUACAGAAACAGCUAGAAAUAUAAAUGAAGAUUUAGAUCCUAUCAUUGGAAAUUCACAAAAUGAUUCAACAUCAUCAUUUCUUCCAACAAUUCCACCAUCAGCAGUAAGUACAACAGAAAUGAAAACUGAAACAUUAGGUUGUAUGCAUAAUGGUGUUAUGUAUCGUCCAAGAGAACGCCUUGAAAUCGGUUGUGAACAAAUAUGUUUUUGUGAAAAUGAUGGGAAUAUGAAUUGCCGGAAACGUUGCCCAGAACGCAUUCAUUCACCACAAGAGAAAUGUGUAUUAGUUAAGGAUCCAAAAGAUAUUUGUUGUCAAUUAGAAUUUUGUGAUGUUACAUUAGAUGGCCAUGAACAAACUGAACCACCAUCAACAUCAUCAUCAUCAUUAAUAUCAAUGUCAUCAAAUAAUAGUAAUAGCGAUGAAGAAAAUAAUGAUCUUAUUCAACCAAUAAAUGGUACAAUACUAGAUAAUAGUUGCCAAUUUAAGGAUAAUAUGUAUAAAUUUGGUGAACAAUUUCAUGAUGGUUGUGAACAAUUAUGUAUAUGUACACGUGAAGGUAUACAUUGUGCUAAAUUAGAAUGUCCAUCAACAUUUGGCUUAGAUGUAUUAGAUCCACAUUGUAUAAAAUGGGAACCAGAACCAGCUACAUUUAGAGCAAUUGCACCGAAAUGUUGUCCAGAAAGAAUGCGUUGUGUUAAUAAUGGUUCAUGUGAAUAUGAAGGUCUAAGAUUUGAUAAUUGGUCGGAAAUUCCAAGUAAUUUAACCGGUUGUGAAAAACAUUGUUAUUGUGAAGCUGGUAAAAUUGAAUGUCGUCCAGCAUGUGCACCAGUGCCAGCAUUGCCACCAGCCCAUUUACCAUGCCAUCAAAAAGAUGUACGUUUAGCACCGAUACCAGAUGAUGAGUGUUGCAAACAUUGGACAUGUAUAACAAAUGAUGUGCCACAAAUACCAGAUUAUGAUGACAGAAUUAAUUUCAAUCCCAACAAUAAUGUUAAUUUGAAUAAUAUUUCGCCUAAUUUAGAGCUUUUAAAUCUUGAAGCAAUUAAUCCGAACACAGUACGUAUAGUAUUUAGAGUUCCACCAGUUUAUGUUAAUUUACAUGGUCGUGUUGAAUUACGUUAUACAAAUGGACCAAAUAAUGAUACAAGUACAUGGGAACAUCAAAUAUUUGCACCACCAGAAGAUCUUAUUGCAACAUCACAAUUAGAAUUUGAAUUACCAAAUUUAGAACCAAAUUCAUUAUAUAAAAUUCAAAUAACAUUAUUAUUACGUGAUUUAAGUUCACAACCGACAAGUGGUAUUUAUACAGUUGAAACACCACCAGAACGUACAAUAACACCACCAUCAACCCCAACAAAUUAUAGACCAGAUUUUGAAGAUAUAUUUAGUAAAGUUGAUGAUCCCGGUUUAAAUGUUAGUGAAUCGAAUUCAACAUGGUUAAGUUUAAAUUGGAAUAAAUUAUCUGAUAAAUAUUUAGAAUAUGUUGAUGGUAUACAAUUAAGAUAUAAAGAAAUUGAUCAAAUGCUUUAUGAUGCAACACCAUUAAUUCAUAGAACAUUAACAAGUUAUACAAUUGAAAAUUUACGUCCAGAUACCGUUUAUGAAUUCGGUUUAUAUUAUAUACCAUUUGCUGGGCAUGGAGCUGAAUUAUUAGCUGGUAAUAUGGUAACUGGUAGAACAUCACCUAAAAUUGAUAUAUAUGGUUUUGAUGUUAUGGUAAAUGUUACUAAAGUUAAAAGUACUAGUAUUGAAGUAUCAUGGAGUGGUGUACCAUAUCCUGAAGAUAAAUAUAUAAAUAUAUAUCGUGCUAUAUACCAAAGUGAUGGUGGUAAAGAAGAUUCAAGUGUAUUUAAAGUUGCUAAACGUGAAUCAUCAACUGGUACAUUAAUAACUGAUUUAAAACCAGGUAUCAGAUAUAGAUUGUGGUUAGAAACGUAUUUAACCAAUGGUAAAAUUAAAAAGAGUAAUGUAGUCAAUUUUGUAACAAAACCUGGUGGUACAGCGCCAGCACCUGCUAAAACUGGUAAAUUAUUAACGGCUGGUGAUAGUCAACAACCUGUUGGUGAUUAUUAUGGUCCAUUAGUAGUUGUAGCUGUAGUUGCAGCAUUAGCUGUUAUGUCAACUUUAAUAUUAUUAAUGAUUUUGACAAGACGAAGAACACAUCAUACAGCAUCAAUAACACCGCCAAGAAAAAGUGAAGCUGCUUAUGAUAAUCCUAGUUAUAAAGUUGAAAUUCAACAAGAAACGAUGAAUCUAUGACGGACUCAAUAAUAAAAUAAAAUUACAAUAUAAAUAACAUUAAACAACAUUUAUGUAAUAAAAAAAAAAGCAAAAAAUUUAUACAAUUAUAAAAGUAUAAUAAUUGUUGCAACUCUGUAUAAAUAUUAAAUAUUAUGUAAUGGAGGAAAGAAUGUGUUUUGAAAGCUUAUGAAGAAUAACUCUUUUUUUUUUGCAUUUGGAAAAUAAUUUAAAGAAAUGGAAAAAAUUGUAUUUAAAAAAAAAAUAAAAAAAAAAAUGGAGUAAAUUAAUAAUUGAAAAAAAAUAGUAAUAAUAAUAAAAUCACAAAAUAUUAUACUGUAAAAUGUAAAUACAAUAAAUUGCUUCCAGCCAAAAUAGAAAUAAAAAUUAUGAUAUCAAAAUGAACUUAUAUACAUAAAAUAUAUAUAUAUACAUAUAAAAUAUAGGUGAAAAAUAAAAUGAAAAGUACUUAAGGCAAAUUGAAAAUUAAUAAAUUUAAAAUGAAAAAAAAAAGAAUAUUGAUAAUAAAAAUUAUUAUACACAAUUUAUCGGAUUUAACCAGAAAAAAAAUUUAUUUAAUAUUUUAAUUUAAUAUUUUAAUUUAAAAAUUCAUUUGAAAAUCAAAUAGCAAUUCAUUAUAAAUUUGAAUAUAACUAAAUUUUAAUUAAUUAAUUUAAAAAAAAGUUAAUUAAAUAUUUAAUUUGGAAUUCUCUUAAGAAUUAGCUCUACUGUAUAACUCUGAAUAUUUAGAGUAUUCUACGUGAAAAACGCCCUUCUCUCAAAUCUUUUUUUAUUUGAGCUUGCAAACGAAUUCGAAGUGAAUUAAAUAGUAAGAGGUUUCCGAUAUAAGGAAAUAGAAUCGCAAAUUAUAUACUAGAAAUUUGAAUAAACCUCUAUAUUUAAAAUAUAUUCAAUUACAUGUGUACUUUCUCUUUACAUGUUACUACUUGUACUUUUUUGAUUUAUACACUACAAAGUUCCUUCUUAAACUAACAGUGAAUUUUUGUAGAAUAAUUAUUAUAAUUUGUCACAAUUCCUAAAUUUCAUACAGUAAUUUAACAAGUCUCCUUUUAUGAAGAGGUAAAUAUAAAUGAAAAAUGUACUUUUCAUACCUCUUAAGAAAAGAAAUAAAAUUCUCUCUCUUAAAUACUGCAAAGUCAAAAACUUGAUAAAUGAGAUUUAGUUUUUAAGCAAAUUUUCCCCUUUUUUAUGUUGUUAAUUCAUCGCUUAACUGCUAUUUUGAUCAAUACGCCACUUUCAUAAUUUUUGACUUAACAACACUUUUACAGAUUUUCGAAUAUUCUAUUUUAUAAUAUUGUAAUCCUUUUUCCGCUAUCUCAUUUAGUUUUAGAGAUAGUCACAUCAAAAGCCGAUAAAAUAUAAGUUAUUCAUUCAAUGUGGUUCAAAAAGAAUUCGAUAAAUUGUAUUUUGAAUGCGUGUAUAAUUCAUUUAAAAAAAAAUCAAAAUGGUAAUAAUUAAAUUGUCACAAAAUAAUAAAAAAAAAUAAUAAUUAAUAUAUUAAAAUACGAUUUUCCUACAUUAUACAAUUAAAAUACAUAGAGAAAACUAAAAUUAGGAGGUCAUAAAGAAAAUACAUAAUUAUUAUGUAUUUAUGUAUGUAUAUAUUUCAUAUAAUAUUAGAAAAAAUAUUAUAUACAUGAAUAGAAUUAAAAUAAAAGAAAAAUUAUAAUCUUUUUUGACUUUUUAACAAUUUUAAGUUGCCAUCUCUAUAAUAAUAAAUGAUGUUUUCUUUAUGUAAAAUGAACCAAUCAAUUUUAAAGAAAAUUCUCUAUAUAUAUACAUAUAUAUAUAUUAUAAGUUUAAUAGCCAAAAUGACCAAAUUUUGAAGAAU